UUUUCGGCUCUUUGGUUCUAAGGUGCAUCUUUUUUUCAUUUUUUUUUGUUCGUUCUGACUAUUCUUUCCUCCCAGACAUGACGCACUUCAAUAACAGAUGGUUCAAAUGCAAGUACAUAAGGAUAACGGGGAACAAGGGAUUUUAUUUUUGUUUUUUAUGUUUUGCUCAAUAGGUCCCAGCUCUUCGGGCUUGAUAUUUCGGUUUCAAGGUUCCAAGGUACUUUUUUUCAUUUUUUUUUUCUCUUUUUGUCUUUUUUUUCGUUCGUUAUAUUGUUCUAACUCUUCUUUCCUCUUAGAUUCCAGCUCUUCGGCAUUUCGGCUCUUUGUUCUAUCGUUCUAACUCUUCUUUCCUUUUAGGUCCUGGCUCUUUGGCAACUUCGGUGCUUUAACAUUUCGGUUCCGUUCUUUUUUUGUUCUUUAACUUUGUGCUAAUUUCAUUUCCUCGAUAGGACCUGGUUCUUCGGCAAUUUCGGCGCU